UAAAUAAAUAAACAUUUAAAAAAUGUUUAUUUUCACUGUCAAGGAACUUUUCACUCAUUUUACUAUUUCUGCAGGGUUUUUCUCUACCUUCUUUGAACUAGCUGUUCUUGAAAUCAAGGACUUGCACUUACAUUGAUACAUGAAUUCUGUUCAGGGAGUGAGCUUUGUCUGCUAGGUUUAGUGUAAAACUGGAUGAUUCAUAUCCCAGAAAUGUCUGUGUCUCUUCGGAGCACCAAGUCAUUUACAUUUAACAUAGAAUGUUCAUCUUAUUUAUUGUUUUUAAAUAAUUUUAAUAAUAGCUGUCUUUUAUAGAUAUGAAGGUUGAGAAAUGUUCGAGGGUUUAUUUUAUAAGAUAAGAAGCUCUAGGUUCUUCAGAGAAGGUGGCAAAGCUGUGAUCUCAUGAGUUUAGAUAAUUGAUAAUAGAAUGCGAUUGAAGGAGACCUCACGCAAUCUCUGCAUCAUUGUGCAGAAGUGGCGAACAGGACUCGGAACUUCUGAAAGUUAAAUACAUUUAAUUUUGCUGACUGAUAAGCUGCAUAUGCUAUUAUAUUCCCCGUUCCUUAGUUAUUUCCUAGUCUGCUGAGUUAUAUGUCUCUGUAGACAAGGCCAUGUAGGGCUUUUUAAUUUUAAUAUGUAUUUUGCAUAUAAGGUGUAUAUGUCUACUAGAGAUAAUUUAGAAAUAUAUAUUAGCAAUAUAAUACAUAUUCUAUGAAAUACGUGGAAGUAGAAAUUAGCUUCUACCCAGAGAUCAUAAUGGUUAAUAUUUUGGUAUAUUUUACUUCAGACUUUUUACUGUAAUAUGUAUACAUUUUUUUUCCUUACUAAGAUCCAUACUUUAUUUUAUAGCCUGAUAAUUUUUUGCGGUGUUAGGUUGUUUGGGCCUAUAGAGUAUGGGGAGUAAGUCUUUCUGUCUACCUUAUUCAUUCCAUUUUAAAAAGAACACAGCAUAUUUGGCAUGGACUUUGGGCUUAUUUAUUUAUUUAUUUAUUUAGAAAUCUCAAGUCAUUGUAAAUGAGCGUGUAUAUUUUACUACAAAUUCAUACUCAAACUAUCACUGAAUAGCAAUUUUAUUUAGAUAAAUUCAAGUGUGUUUGGGGAGGAAUUUUUUUUAUUCUAAAAUGUUCAAAUGGCUUCACAUUAAAAGAGACUGAAAUGAAAACAGAGCUCACAUGUAUUUGAUAAAGCUGUAAAAUACGUAAUAAUGGUGUUUUUUUACCAGCUUUUAGACAAUAAAUAGACUGCAAGCCCCAUAAAAUUGGAGACUGUGAAUACAUACCACCCCAUUCUAGACAUGUUUCUUUUUUUUUUUUUUUAAGUUUAUUUCUUUAUUUUGAGAGAAAAUGUGUGCAUGCAUUCAUGGAAGGGAGACGCAUGGAGAGGGGAAGAGAAUCCCAAGCGGGUCAGUGCAGAGCCCGACAGAGGACUGUAACUCACAGACUGUGAGAUCAUGACCUGAGCCAAGAUCAAGAGUCAGAUGCUUAACUAACUGAGCCACCCAGGUGCUCUGUUUCUUAGCACAAUCCCUAGCAUUCAAUAAGGCAUAAAAAACAUGAGUUGAAUGAAUGAUUAAAGAAAAGAAAGAUGAGGUAAUUCAUCUCCUUGCUUGUAGUGAGGACAAAGGAGCCUUGUCCCGGAAGAGAUUUCUAUCAGCAUAUCUUUAAAAAUUGUAGCAGCACAAAUGAACAAAAAUGGCAAAUCUUUUUAACCACCCAAAGCUUCUAUUCCUGUGUUCCCCAGAUAAGCCAUUUGUUGUAGUCUCUUAGAAAAGGCCGUGUAUUAGUGGACUCUAAGAAAUUCACAACUUUGACUUUUUCAGCCCUCUUUCUGAUUGCUCUAGGCUGUGUUUCUAGUAAAAGUCAAACAGAAACAAAAAUGACAUGGUGCCAUAAUUGUGUUGAGAAGCUAGGCCAAUAGUUGGAGGGAUGAUGAUUCCAGCUCCACCUCUAACCUCCUCUCUUCUCUUCCUCAGGCUACUUUCUUCAGAAUGAUUCCCUGCAGAGCCGUGCUGUCUUUUGCCCGAUGUCUGAUCCGGAGAAAAAUCGUCACUCUGGACAGUCUAGAAGAUUCCAAAUUAUGCCGCUGUUUAUCCACCAUGGACCUCAUCGCCCUGGGGGUUGGAAGCACUCUUGGUGCUGGGGUUUACGUCCUGGCUGGGGAGGUGGCCAAAGCAGAUUCUGGUCCCAGCAUCGUGGUGUCCUUCCUCAUUGCUGCCCUUGCUUCCGUGAUGGCAGGCCUUUGCUAUGCUGAAUUUGGGGCCCGAGUUCCCAAGACUGGGUCUGCGUAUUUAUACACAUAUGUCACUGUUGGAGAGCUGUGGGCAUUCAUCACUGGCUGGAAUCUCAUUUUAUCUUACGUGAUAGGUACAUCAAGUGUUGCAAGAGCAUGGAGUGGCACCUUUGAUGAACUUCUCAGCAAACAGAUUGGUCAGUUUUUCAGGACCUACUUCAAAAUGAAUUAUACCGGCCUUGCAGAGUAUCCUGACUUUUUUGCUGUGUGUCUUAUAUUACUUCUAGCAGGUCUUUUAUCUUUUGGAGUGAAAGAAUCAGCUUGGGUGAAUAAAAUCUUCACAGCUAUUAACAUCCUGGUCCUUCUUUUUGUUAUGGUUGCUGGGUUUGUGAAAGGCAAUGUGGCAAACUGGAAGAUUAGUGAAGAGUUUCUCAAAAAUAUAUCAUCAAGUGCCAGAGAGCUGCCUUCUGAAAAUGGAACAAGUAUCUAUGGGGCUGGUGGCUUUAUGCCAUAUGGCUUUGCAGGGACUCUGGCUGGGGCUGCCACCUGCUUCUAUGCCUUCGUGGGAUUUGACUGCAUUGCAACAACUGGUGAAGAAGUCCGGAAUCCUCAGAAAGCGAUUCCUAUUGGAAUUGUGACUUCUUUGCUUGUUUGCUUUAUGGCCUAUUUUGGGGUCUCUGCAGCUUUAACACUUAUGAUGCCAUACUACCUCCUGGAUGAGAAAAGCCCUCUUCCAGUAGCAUUUGAAUAUGUUGGAUGGGGUCCUGCCAAAUACGUUGUUGCAGCGGGCUCCCUCUGUGCUUUGUCAACAAGUCUUCUGGGCUCUAUGUUUCCUUUACCCCGAAUUCUAUUUGCCAUGGCCCGAGACGGUUUACUGUUUAGAUUUCUUGGCAGAGUGAGUAAGAGGCAGUCACCAGUUGCCGCCACGUUGACGGCAGGGGUCAUUUCUGCUGUGAUGGCAUUUCUUUUUGACCUGAAGGCCCUUGUGGACAUGAUGUCCAUUGGCACUCUUCUGGCCUACUCUCUGGUUGCAGCAUGUGUUCUCAUCCUCAGGUACCAGCCCGGCUUAUCUUACGAGCAGCCCAAAUGCUGUCCUGAAAAAGAAGCGCUGGGAUCAUGUGCCAGCGCGGCCUCGAAAAGUGAGUCCCAAGUCACCAUGCUGCAGGGGCAGGGUUUCAGCCUGCGGAUUCUCUUCAGCCCCUCAGCUCUGCCUACGCAACAGUCAUCUUCUCUCGUGAGCUUUCUGGUGGGCUUCCUCGCAUUUCUGGUUCUGGGUCUGAGCAUCCUGACCACUUACGGAGUCCACGCUAUUGCCCGGCUGGAGGCGUGGAGUCUCGCUCUCCUUGUGCUCUUCCUCAUUCUCUGCAUCGUUGUCGUGCUCACCAUUUGGAGGCAGCCCCAGAAUCAGCAAAAAGUAGCCUUCAUGGUUCCAUUCUUACCAUUCUUGCCAGCCUUCAGCAUCCUGGUGAACAUUUACUUGAUGGUCCAAUUGAGUGCAGACACAUGGAUCCGAUUUAGCAUUUGGAUGGCACUUGGUUUCCUGAUCUACUUCGCUUAUGGCAUUAGACACAGCCUGGAGGGUAAUCCAAGAGAUGAAGAAGAUGAAGAAGAGACUUACUCAGACAACAUUCAUGCAACAACAGAAGAAAAAUCUGCCAUUCAAGCCAAUGACCAUCACCAAAGAAACCUGAGUUUGCCUUUCAUAUUCCACGAAAAGACAAGCGAAUGCUAACGCUUAAGGAGCUGAGUUGGGCCACCGUCUUAACAUACCUAUCCUCCGUGGAGUAAACCGUGACAGGGUGUCAGCAUCGCGCUAGGUUGCUGUGGGUUUGCUGCAAACAUAGUUCACCCUAACUUAUGCUUACCUGAACAGCACCUCCUCAGAUGGUGAAUUAUGUACCUGGGGAGACCUCCCAAGCCCUCUCCUCAGUGGCGAAUACCCCCCAAAUAGCAGGAGCGUGUGUGUGUGUGUGUGUGUGUGUGUGUGUGUGUGUGUGUGUUGGGGUAUAUGAAUGUGGAAAGUUGGUUGUGUUUUACUACUACCAUAUUACAUUUUUCCAGUGUUGUCAUUAAUUGGUGGCUUAUAGCACAUGCUGAAAUGGAGGCAAUCACUGAAUAGAAGUGUUUUGUAUGUGCCUGGUGCGUUUGGGGAAAUACCUGUUGCUUUUCCUUACUAGGUGUCAUUAAUGUCAAUUAGAACAUGCUAAAAAUGCACUUACCCAUCUUGGUGUCUGUCAUUGGUCAGGAGCAAGAGGAGGGGAUAAGAAAUGAGCCUUUUCUAUAACUUAUAAAUGCCAGCAGUGGGUUUAGUAGAGAUUUUUAUUCUAUGAAGGAUGGCACUUUGCCCAAACUUCAGCCGCCACGGGGAUUUGUACCUGCGAUAUACCACAUGGGGCAAAAGUGGUGUUCCGUGUCACCCAAUGGGGCCUCUUUCAACCGCUGUCUUUUUUAAGAGAUGUGCUCUUUACAUAUGAAGACUUCACCUCCUGUGAGUGCUGUAUAUCCCUCAGUCCAGUCAGGGAUUUGAGACCAGUAUGUGUGAUCUAUAUGGGGCCCUUUAUGCUAGAAAGUGAAGCUGGUCCCCAUGGCUGGAAAGCUUGCGUGAGUGGCAGUGACGAGGGUAUAUUUGAAAAUCAGAGUUAGACAUAAGCUUGGAAAAGUAGACACUAAGCAUCCUUGUGUUUAAAGUCACUUAAAAUAAGCCAGUAGAAUCUUCUAGGUCACACAGUUGGUAGAACGAUUCAUACUUUUUUCUAUUACUUAAUAACUAAUCACAGUUCAGUUUUUCUAAACCUCCUCAGGUACAGAUUUCACUCCUUUGUUUCUAUUAUUUUGUCUUGUCCUAGACAUGAGGGGCUACAGUAGCAAAUUAUGUCUUUAUUACGUGCCAAAGAGGAGAACUGAAGGGAUACGAGAAGAAAAAAUUGCCCUGUUUUGAGUUUAAAGUGCCUAUUCAGAUAUUAAAUUGCAUUUGACCGAGUUUGAGGGGUUUGGAUCUAAUUUGCCUUUGUUGUUUCAUUUGGAAACAUUGAAGGAUGUUUUUCUUCCCCCAAUCCCAUAAAUUGUUUGGCACUUUUUAUCUCAUUUAUUUUUAAUUGACCACACUAAAUCUAUUAAUAAAAACUCUAGUAACCCAAUAGUGUUGGGGGAAUAAAAUAUUUUAGUUAAAUACGUGAUUUUUAAAACCUCCAACUGAAAAAAUGUAACCUAAUUAAAUUAAAGCUAUAUAAACACAGUAACGUUUAUAUAAGUAAAUGAUUUGUUUUUACAUGUGAGAUUCUCUAAUUACUAUAUUUUACUGGAUAGCGUUCUCUAGUAGUGGACUGUUUAUCUGCAGUGUGCUUUGCUUCUAAUGAAUUGUUUUUCUUACAAAUAAUUACAUGGUUUACUAGGUGAGGCUAGAGGCUAAAAACUUAUAUAUAUGGGUUACAUUCCCAGGAUAAAUGUUAUCAAGCACACCAGUUGACCAGCUUAAUCGAAAGGCAAGGAAAACAUUUGUUUUCUGACAGCACUUCCAAGAGAUUAGUUAUUUCACUGAUACCAUUAAAAAGCAAGUUGUCAUUGUUUUGUUGAACCAAGAGUUUAUUGUGAGUAAAUAUCAGGUAAGCAGGUAGAAAGCCUGGGUUUCUGGCUGCUAUUGUUGAAGCAUCCCUGACCUAGAAUUCAGUCCUGACAUUCCACAGUUUCCAGGCUGCACAGGGUAAAAUCUGAAGCCCAGAAUUCUCUUUUAAGCAUGUUUUUCUAGAGAGGAAGAGUUGGAUAUGCAAGGGGUAAAAUAUUUCUGUAAGGACUUUAGGUAUGAUCACAAGUCCUUGCUGUUAGAGUAAUACACUGAGAACACCCUUUUAUUCUAUAAUCAAUCUAGAAUAGGCCCUUAACACAGGGAACAUAAGGAAUUUCCUACAUAAAUAUUUAGGUCUUUUACUGUAACAAAAGAAAUUUAUUUAGAAUGUGAUAGGCAGCUAAAACUAUUAUGCCCACUGUGUUCAAUUAGGAGAAGAAUUUAGUUAAAAAUUAUUUUUCCACAUUAAAACACUUUGCAAACACAAGUAUCUAUGAAAAGAUGCUUCGUUGGUGACUGUGCUUUUUUUCUGUGAAGACUCAAAUAUGUAUGAGUCAUAUCCCUGUAUGAGUGUGUGUAUAUAUAUAUGUAUAUGUCUGUGUAUUUCAAAUAGUGUAUAAGUCGGUUGGGUUUAUGAUGGGCUUUGGAAACAAUACCAUUAUAUGGAUUUAAAAAAAAAACCCAAUUGAUGUGGAGAAAAAAUAAUGUUUUAUAUUGAUAGGUAUGCUUAUACAAAAUUUUUAGGUUUUAAACUAUUUUGCAAUAUACAGCAAUUUUAUAUGUAUGAUAUUUUCUAUAGAUUCUUUAAGAAAGAUAUAUUUAUAAUGUAAUAUGGAAUCAGUAAACUCUAUUAUAACAGGUGCUUUAUAAUCUGAAAUGGAGUAGGGGUAGGAGCUAUUAGGGUAUUUCUGUUUACUUGUUUCUGUGGCCCCUUUUCUGACAUCUCUGUCUUGCUCUGUGUUUAUUAGUAAAAGCCCGUACUACUGGCUCUUUUACCAGCCUCCCGUAUCUACAUCUGAAUUCAUAACCUUAAGAACAAAAUAUUGCUUUUACUUUCUUAGGAUUACCAAAAUGUUUUAUAUAGAUCUGACUAGUCAGUCACACUUAUACAAACUCCUCUCCAGGAAUGAAAAAAUACAUACCACACAAUCUCUUAAUUGUGACUGAGUAAAAACAGUUUAACUUACUUUUCUUUCCUGCACUAGGAAAUAUGCUGUCUUAACAUUUUCAGUGAGAAACUUAUAAUAACACCAUUAUUUUAAGCUCUUGAGAAAAGGGAAAAGAUGACUUAUGAAUAACCAUAUAAAGGCAAUAUGCCUACCCUCUAUUUAAAAAGGUAGCUAUACAAAUCCAAGUUUAGAACCUAUUUAUGAGAAAACUUAUGUUAGAACUUUUGAUCAAUACCGAGAUACAGAUUAUUGCUUACCCACAUUUUCCCCAGAGAUAAACAUCAAGAGAACUUCCUAAGACCAAAAACAUCUUUUGGGAUAUAUACAUUAGAGGAAAAACUAACCUUGAUAUAUGUAAAACUUUACUGUUACCAUCCAUAGUUAAUAGAAAGUAUCUGUUUGAGAAUUAUUUUCCUUUAAAAUCCAAAAGCCUGUCUUUCAAUUUUACGAAUAAAGGAUUUUAAACUUUUUUUUUUUAAUUUUAGAAACUAGCCAGCUUAUUUGCUAAGUCCUGGUGGUUGUUAACCAUAUUUUGAAUCAGAGUCUGUAUUUACUGAGUUAUUUUCUAAAUUAAUGGGAAUGCUCAGCAGGGGGAAUGAGGAGGUUUAUUGCCCUGCAAUACUGAUAAUGCCAGAGGAGUAUAUUACUCUUCUUUCUUUGUAAAUCAGGGCAUAUUCUGAGAUGACAAACCACGUGAUAACGUGCCAAGAUUCCAACUCUGCCUCGUGAUGUGGCUGCCUGAUUUCCUCCUGAUGCCCUUCAAGCAACUGCUACUUAACACACAAACUACAGUUUGCACAGCAUUUUAAAGGAUUGGGUUUAGAGUGUAUAUCACAGCGUAUUAAAAUCCACAUGAUUAGUGUGAAUGGGGGGGGUGCAGGGAGAGGGGAUUAACUUUUUUUUUUUUUUGCUAGUGCCAAAAUACUGCCUUCUCUAUACAUUUUCUGCUUAUAGUCUCUGACAUGUCCUAAAAUAUCAAGGGGAAAAAAGUACCAAAGUUCAAGUAGUAAAUAAUGCCAGGACAGGUCAUUUUUCAGUCAUUUGCAGAUAAGGUUGCUUAGCUUUGUUGUUUAGCUGAGAUUUUUUUUUUUCUCUUUGUAUAAUUAUAUUUAAACAUUUUUAAAUGAAUUUCUGGUUUCUGGAUUUUGAGAGGCCUGCUCUGUUUUUGUGGUUGUUGGUUUUUGUAACAUUCAUUAUUGUUUGUAUGUACACAGUUUAGUCUCACUGAUUUCAGACGUGUCUUGUGAUGGCUCGAGUCUCGUGACAGCCUUGUUGAGAGUAGUACUUAGCUUUUCUUCACCCUGGCUGAAGCCGCUGCCAUUAUCUGGCCCUAAAGACCCUUUGCUGACCACUGGUGCCCCAUGGGGAUCAUGACCAGGAGCCUGGGCUGGAUCUAGAGUCAGGCAGCCCGUAGAGCGUAAGCAUCUAGAGCUAGCCUUGUUGGGUGGGGUCUUGGGAUGAUAGGGUGGGAUACGAAGUGAAAGCCUUCACAUGAAAGUAAGGAGUGUGGGGUCCAAAUAUCCCAUCAACACAUCACAUAAAUGAUAGGGACUAAGGAAGGUCUGUGACUCAUAGGAAGGAUGGCUGCUUCCUGAAACUGGUCCCAUGGGGUCGGGCCCACUACAGUCCCCGUACUGCACGGACAGCCUUGAGGUGGAAAGUGCAUGGGCCCAGGCUCAGCUGGUACUUCCAACAGGGUGGGUUUCACUGGCCCAGGCCCGGGUAGGGGGCCUUUCGUCUUUGGUGUCCACUAGGCUGCCCCAUUGUUUUAUUGCUCUAUUUUGUUGUCAUUGUACUUAACAGAAACUGUUGAUAGGGCCCAAAACCCUACAGAAAUUCUAUGUCUGUAAAAAACCAACAGGUUCACAGGACUUGUCUGAUCUGAAUGUAAAGACUUUCUGUUGAGUAGGUAAUUUCAAAUUUAAAUGUUUUAAAUGAUAAUCAGAGUUCCUUUUUACUUAUAACAUUAGAUUAUGUUUUAGAAGUGUAAUAAAUAAAAACUAUUGCUGCUUUACCACUGUAAAAUA